AUGACACACAAGCGGUGUGAAGUCCUCCUGGGUAGUGGAAACUACUUCCACUGGGAGUAUAACAUGCGCAUGACGUUGGCGCGCAAGGGGCUGCUGGUGCACGUUCAAGUCAUCAAGAAAGAAGAAGAGAUGACGGAUGCCUGGCUGUUCAACGACGCUAAGGCACUGGGUAUCAUCGCUCAAGGCAUAGAGCUACAGCACCAGACCAAGAUACGAUCGGCGACGACAGCUAUGCACGCGUGGGUCAUCUUGCGGGACUUCUACAACCGCACCACACUCCACAAUCGUGUCGAGAUGACACGUCGUCUGCAUGAGUUCAAGAUGGAGAAUGGUUCGACCAUGUCGAAGCACUUGGAUGCUUUUGACGAGCUUGUUGUCGGCCUCCAGACACUUGGAGAGCCAGUCGAUGACUCUCGGCAGCUAGUGGUGCUGCUUAGUAGUCUUCCGACGGACUAUGAGCUCAUCUCGUCAAUUGUAGAGAAUUCCAAGGACAUUACGCUCAUCGAGGUCAAGGAAAAGCUGCUCAAGGAGCAUGAACGAUUGCAGAGGAAGGAGACUACGGAGAAGGCGUUUCCUGUAAGCAGCAACGGUAGACGGUUCAAGGGAGGCCAAGGUAACGGCCGCAAGGGAAACUAUCUACGGAAAACCAACACCGGAAUUAAAGGCAAGUGCUUUAAGUGUGGUCAAGUCGGACACUAUAAGCGGGACUGCCUGAAGCGUAGCAAUGGCGAGGAAGAAGGUGCUGUGUUUGCUGCUGGUGAGUUGCAAUGCGAAGAAUGGCUUAUCGACAGCGGGGCUACGUCGCACAUGACACCACAUCGGAGCGAUCUGUUUGAGUACAAGGAGUUGAAGACUGGUCAACAAGUCUCUAUUGCUGAUGGCAAGAAGCUGCAGGUAGCUGGAGUGGGAACAGUCAAGCUGAAAGGUCUAGACGGUCGACGGAUCAUGAUGGUCGAUGUCAUGCACAUACCAGGACUUGACAAACGAUUGCUGUCCGUUGGCAAACUGGCAGGACGAGGCAUGAGGGUGGAGUUUCAAAGCUCGUCCUGCAUCAUUUGGAGUGCCAAGCGCGCGAUUGCAAGCGGCAAGAAGAUUGGCAAGGCGUACUUCCUGGAUUGCGAACAAGAAGAAGCCCGGCUUGUAGAAUACGCAGGGGCUGAAAGUGAGUGGGAGCUUUGGCACGCUCGCUUGGGACACCCCGGAAGAUCUGGUAUGGACAAGACACAGCGCGCUACGAGUGGUAUGCCGGCGGUAAAGCAGGGCAUCGAGAAGCUGUGCAGUGGAUGCAUGAAGGGCAAGCUGACGAUCGAUACAUUCCCGUCUCAAUCGCUAACAAGGACGUCACGUGUGUUGGAACUAGUACACACGGACGUGAUGGGACCGAUGAAGACGGUCUCAAAGGGUGGUGGACGAUUCGUAUUGACAUUCGUAGACGACUACUCAAGAUUUGUGGCAGCGUACUUCAUGAAGCACAAGAGCGAGGUGGCCGCAAGGCUUAGCGAGUUCAAGGCUUUCUAUGAGAAUCAAUGGGGCAAGCACUUGAAGUGUAUACGGUCGGAUAACGGGACGGAGUUUGUCAACAAGAAGAUUGCCCAUAUAUGCGCCCGUAAUGGUAUCAUGCACCAGCGGACAGUACCAUAUAGUCCGCAACAGAACGGCGUUGCGGAACGCAUGAAUCGCACUAUCAUGGAGAAGGCAAGGAGCAUGCUGUACUACAAGGGUAUCGACAUGCAGUGGUGGGCAGAGGCGGUCAGUACGGCUGUGUACUUGAUCAACAGAUCCACAAACUCUGCAAAUUCGGACGUAACACCGUUCGAGGUUGGUUUCAAGAUGAAGCCGAGUACUGAGCAUUUGCGUGUGUUUGGAUCGCAAGGGUAUGCUCACAUUGACGACGCCAAGAGGACGAAGCUCGAACCAAAGAGUUACCGGUGUAUGUUCCUCGGAUAUGCGGAGAACACCAAGGGAUACAGGGUGUUCAAUCUGGAAAGGUCGAAGGUUGUCAUAUCGCGCUCCGUAAAGCUGGACGAGCGGGAAGUUGAAGGCAUAUACGACACGGUAGUACCAGAUAAAGUACCAGUCGUCAAGUAUAUUAGGGACACUGAUGAAGCAGUGAUUCCGGUGGUUCGUCCGUAUGAUGGAGACGAGACGAUGGAAGAUGUCGAAGAAAGCGCUCCUGAUGUCGAGAUGGACGAGAUAGAAUCGGCUCCAUUCGAAACAGGUAUCAUCAUACCUCAAGUACUCGAUCCAGAAACUCAAGAACCAAGAGGCGAUGAGAUAACGGGAUAUCAAGCUCCGAGACAAGCUUUUCAGGAGGACAGGUUGGUAUUUCAGCCGGAGAUAAAUCGGACAAGACGCUCACGAGACAGAAUGCUGCUGCUUGAGAAUGGGAAUAGCAGUGAAGACACGUCAGAAGGUAGCGAUGGACCACCUUCUCCAAAGCGUGCAAGAAUUGCUGACGAAGGUCUCAUUGCAGAGGCUGUAUUAACCUAUGCUGCAAGCGUUGGCGAGGCGGACGACGCUCCAUCAACAUACAGCCAAGCGUUAAAAGGCGAAGACAACAGCAAGUGGAUUCAAGCGAUGCAAGCGGAGCUCAAGGCGCACGCCGAUAACGGGUCCUGGACACUGGUACCAAAACGGCAAGACAUUCGACCAAUCGGGUGCAGAUGGAUAUUCGCUAAGAAGCGAAACGAACACGGACAAGUGGUGCGCUACAAAGCUCGACUCGUCGCAAAGGGGUUCAAGCAGAAAUUCGGUGUCGACUUCUUCGAGACGUACUCUCCCGUGGCAAACAUGAACUCGAUCAGGGUUGUGCUAGCUGUGGUGGUGACAAAGGGAUACGUCACUGAGCAGCUGGACGUAGACACGGCGUUCUUGAACAGUGAUCUCAAGGAAGAGGUGUACAUGGAAGUGCCAAAUGGCAUAGCUAAUGCGGAGAAGAUGAUGUGCAAGUUGGACAAGGCAAUCUACGGUCUCAAGCAGGCUGCAAGUGCGUGGAACAAGACAAUCCAUGCUGUAUUCUUACAGAUCGGAUUUCGUAGCAGCGGAGCAGAUCAGUGCAUCUACGUCAAGCAUCAAGAUGACAACUAUGUCUAUGUUUGUCUCUACGUCGACGACAUGAUCAUCGCCGCCAAGACCAGCAGGGAGACUCAAGAGGUCAAGACAGCACUCAAGAGCUCAUUUCGUAUGAAGGAGCUAGGCAAGGCUAAACUUAUUCUUGGCGUGGAGAUUGAUCAUGACCACAACUGCAGUAAGCUGAUGAUUCGACAGACUCGAUACAUCGAUGAUGUGGCCAGCCGUUUUAAUCAAGAGGACGCAAAGGCAGUGGUCAACCCAUGCGAGUCCGGCCUGAAGCUGUCAAAGAAGCAAUCCCCAACGACGGAUGUCGAUAGAGCAGAAAUGCAGUCAAAGCCGUACAGGUCGCUGAUCGGAUGUUUGCUAUACAUCACGACAUGUACGCGCCCAGAUGUGAUGUAUGUCAUCACGCAGUUAUCAAGGUUUUUGGAGAAUCCAGGUCAGCAACAUUGGAAGGCAGCCAUUCGUGUUCUUCGGUAUCUCAAGACGACAAGAGACUACGGGAUAAUCUACGACGGCAGCGCUAGCGAAGUAACAGCUACAGCGUAUACGGACGCGGACUGGGGUAGCAACAUCGAUGAUCGACGCUCCGUGUCAGGGAUAAUGGUGAUCAUCGGUGGCGCACCAGCCAUAUACAAGUCCAAGUAUCAACGCACGGUGGCUCUAAGCUCUGCUGAGGCAGAGUACAUGGCUUUAAGCCUGUGUACACAGGAAGUGUUAUGGGUUCGUGCGCUGCUUAAGGAUCUAGGUCACGAGCAAGUGGGAGCAACGUGGGUCUGGGAAGACAAUCAAGGAGCAAUUGGGCUUGCCAGCAAUGCCGGCUACAAUGCCAGAACCAAGCACGUUGACAUUCGUCACCACUUCAUCCGGGAGAAUGUGGCCCACGAUAUCAUCGUGGUCAAGUACAUCUCCACCAUGGACCAGUUGGCCGACAUGCUAACGAAGGCUCUGGGGACCAAGCGACUGAACUAUUUGAUACAAGCAAGCUGCAUUGGACCCAAGGGCAUUUAG